GACGGCGACAACCUCAGACUUCAACAGACAUUUACGUCGUGCCAUCUCCCACAGAACUCCCUCCACACGACUCCCUUUGAACUUCAUCGUCCUCGCCGACACAAAAUACAAGCCGCCAGCUUAAAGCCAUGCAGAUCCCACUUCACCCGCUGGUUCAACAAGACCCAGGCAAGCGACCCGGCGUGGUUCGCAUCGGUGUCAACAUCUACCAGCCCGUCUGGUGGGGGCAGCCUUGCAACUGGGAAUUCUUGUUUGGCAAUGAAUCCGGUGCGAUGGUCAUGCACCUUCCUAGCCCCGAGGACGACCCUUAUUUCGCCUCACGCUGGCACCCGAGCCGGCUUCGCCAUUUCGUCGACUGCGGGGAUAUUCCGUCCUCUCAUUACGGUCUGGCAUUGGGGCUGAUUGAUUCCUGCGCCAGAGGUGAUAGGAAUAGCCGAGACUCGAUCUCAUGGGUCUUCAGCAGCCUGAUCAAGUUGUCUAGCCGAUGCGCCAUGAACUUCAUUCCGAGGGUAGAUGAGACUCUUCGCCAUAAGAUGACUGAACGACCUAUCGGUUUUAUGGACGAGCUCGGUUACACAAGACCCGAGCGUCCUUCCACGUUCGAAUAA